AUGGUGUAUAUUUCCUUAAAUUCCGCACAGGAUACCGUUGCGGUUUUGGUAUCCGAGACGCUGUCGGGUUUGGUUCGCGAGUUUGCGGUGACCAUGAAUGCGACCUUGUGCGGCAAGAAACAAAAGGCUAAAUACAAUAAUAUGGGACCAAGAUUUCUUUCCGUGAGGAUCGUUUUGUAUGGAUUUCUUCAGCAAAAGGAUGCGAUUGCGGACGCUCUCGCGGGAGGGGGUUUGUUUUUACAACACCCUGGAGAAACAGAAUACAACCGAAAUGUAAAGCAUCAGAUAGAGGCUUUAGUCAUGAUGGUCGAGAAAGAAGAAGGCAUAUAUGAGAAAACACACUUCCCAACAAUAUGGAAAGUAUCCACAGGCCUGAAUGGGCAGUCUUGGAAAUGGGAUUGGGCAAGACGUUGUCAAGCUUUCGUGGUCCCCAAGUCAGUUAUCCACUCUUGGGAAAAACAAAUUAAGAACCAUAUUCACCCUGAGAAAAUCCGAUGGAUUACAUAUUAUGGAUCUAAUCGCCAAGAGACUGCAUCCGACAUUAGCUCAUGCGAUGCGGCACGCAAGGCGUGGAAAGAUGGAGAUGAAAAGCUGCUUACUAGGACAAUUCUGGAAACAAAUGUCAAGCAAUGUAUCUUCUGCUACAGUGAUGUGGAAGGAGAAAAUGGGGGCGGGCUUGUCUUCGAGGAACUUGACUGUGGACAUGUCCUUUGCGAAACCUGCGCAACAAAGUUGCAGAGUACUGAUGGCCAGCUUUCUUGUCUACACUGUAGUGUAGAUAAGCUGCAAUUGCUAUCAUCACCUAGGAGGGAGCAGUUACCACCAGCAAGACUAACGAACCCUGGAGGGCUGCGAUCAUCACCAUCCGCCAAGCUGAAGGCGAUUCUGCACAAUAUCUCACAGAGGCAGGAGCCGAAUGUACAACACAGCAAAGUUGUGAUUUUCAGUUACUGGACGAGAAUGCUGGAUCUGAUAGGAAACGCCCUUGACGAGAGGCAACUGCCAUUCCAGCGUAUCGAUGGCCAGCGAUCCUUGUCCCAGCGUAAGGAAGCUCUUGAGAAGUUCGGUAACGACCCGCAAUGUAACAUAAUGCUGGCGAGCAUUGGAGCAGCUGGCGAAGGUAUUGACCUCACUGCUGCAACUUCGGUUCAUAUUGUGGAGCCUCAUUGGAACCCUAUGGCCGAAUCUCAAGCUAUUGACCGUGUACAUCGUAUCGGUCAGAAACACGAUGUGGAGGUUGUUAGGUAUAUUGUUGAUGAGUCAAUUGAAAAGUAUAUCCAGUGGGUUCAGAAUUACAAACUGCGCAUGAUCAAUGAAUCUCUUUCGGAGUCUGAACAGAAUUUGCAAGCAUCAGAGGUGCGAUGGAAGAAAUUGCUAGAAUUCCUCGAGUAG